GUAGCGCCUUUAUCGUGGCCCACCAGAGACUCCUUCCUCCCCGCCGAUACGGCCAUUCCCCAUCGCUUCCCACCCACUCCCACACGGCCACCGCGACCACCACUAUCCCGAUCUCCGGCCACCGCCACCGCCACCGACACCAUGUCGUCCACCACGGCAGGGGCCGCCCUCCUCCUCCGCCCCACUUCCGCCACGACGAACCCUCUCCUCCGCCUUGCCAGCCCCUGCCCCAAAUCCCACCUCCUCCGCCUCCACUCGCCGCGCCGCCGCCUCCCCGUCCUCCGCCUCUCCCUCACGCCCCCGGCCACCGCCGGCAGCAAUUCAGCGCCUUCGCCUUCCCCUCCGCCCCCGUCCGCCACGCCCCCGCCUCCUCUGUUCUCCAACUGGACCCCGCCGCGCGCGAUCUGGCGGGGGCUCUCGGCGCUGCUCCUCGCAGGGCAGGUCUUCCACCGCGUCCUCACGGGACGCGUCCACCGCCGCAACCUCCUCGCCCAGCUCCGCCGCGUGGGCCCCGGGAGCGCGGGGGUCUCGCUCCUCACCGCCGCCUUCGUCGGCAUGGCCUUCACCAUCCAGUUCGUGCGCGAGUUCACCCGCCUCGGUCUCCACCGCUCCGUUGGUGGCGUCCUUGCCCUCGCGCUCGCCCGCGAGCUCACCCCGGUCGUCACCGCUGUCGUCGCUGCCGGCCGAGUUGGCUCCGCCUUUGCCGCCGAGCUCGGCACCAUGCAGGUGUCCGAGCAGACCGACACCCUCCGCGUCCUCGGCUCACAGCCCAUCGACUACCUCGUGGUCCCUCGUGUCCUCGCUUGCGUGCUUGCGCUCCCUGUCCUCACGCUCAUCAGCUUCGCCCUCGGGCUCGCCUCCUCGGCGUUCUUGGCCGACGCCGUCUUUGGUGUAAGCACCAGCAUCAUUCUGGAGUCAGCACGCAAGGCGCUGCGUCCGUGGGACUUGAUCAGCGCCUUGAUAAAAUCUCAGGUGUUCGGUGCCAUUAUCGCGGUGGUGAGCUGUGCAUGGGGUGUGACAACCCACGGAGGAGCCAAGGGCGUUGGCGAGUCCACAACGUCUGCAGUGGUCAUUUCCUUAGUUGGGAUUUUCAUUGCAGACUUCGCCCUUUCGUGCCUGUUCUUCCAGGCUGGUGCUGGUGAUUCGCUGAAGCACGCAAUGGGUUAAGGCAAGACCACAGAGGAGAAAAUUUUGCGUCGUAGCAGCAUAAUUUAGGUCUGUACAUUGACCAAAGUGUAGUAGUGGAUUCAAGGAGGGCAGCAUUGCAACAUCAGCCACGCUCCAGGUGAAUGAGUUAUUUUUGUUGUGAUAUCCUUUGGAAGUAAACUAUUAUGCCUUAUGCACAUUCUGCAAUUUUUUGCUCAAUUGUUUGCAUCUGAUUUGUGUAUAGUCUUACCACCACUUGAAAAAAAGAAAUAAAACUACUUGUGUCCAAGUUGCACUUGCUAA